AGGAUGCUUUCCGAUUCGACAGCGGCCCUCUUCUUUUCUAUGUUGAACCCCGCGCGCGGCUGCCUAAGCUUUUUCUCCACUCAACGCGUUCUCCAGCUCUGCACUUCUCUAACGUCCCACUCCCUCCCUCCCAAGAGCACUUUCGACGCGUUCAAACCCAUUGAGAACGCGCCAACGUCAUAACUCACCUCCUCUCAAACCUCCCACCUACCUAACACCCUCCCACCUCCCAACCAUGACCUCCCCCUUCCCCACCCCACAAACCUGGACCCUCCGCCUGAAAUCACGCAAGACAACCGUCCUCCUGUACACCGACCCACUACACACCUUCGCAACCAUAAAAGCGCACCUCUACACCGCGCUGCAAGAAACCGGCCUACGCGACCCCGACACAGGCGAAAACAUCCCGCUCCCGGCCUCGCCGUCAGACAUCCAGUUCGGCCGCCCCGUCGACGUCAACAAUGCGGAGAAGGGAUUCCAGCUGGGGGAGUGGGAAUACGACGCGCUGCUGCUAGAAGAUGAGGACGACAAUGGCGGGAAGGGUAAAGGGAAGGCGAAGGCGAAAGCGGGGAGGCCGAGGAAGAGCGAGCCAGGGACGGGGACUGUGGGAGCGGAGAAUGUGAGGGAUUGUCCGAAGGGGGCAGGGCUGCAUAAUGGGUCUGUGUUAGCGUUUCGGUGGCGGGGCGAUGGGAGGGAAGAACAGGGCGAGGAGGAGGAUUUCGAGAUGGUUGGUGGUGCUGUGGACAAGCCGGAUAUGUGGGAUGUGACGUUGGCGAGCUUUGAGGAUAGCUAUGGGGUGGAGAAUGAGAUUGAUGUUGGGGGAGGGAGGGAGUUUGAGGAAUGAGUUGAUGGUGAAGAGCGGGCGGCGGGAGAGAUGUGAUGUGCAUUACGGGCGUUUCUCAUGGCUGGGCGGCGUUGUGAGGCUUCGGUCUUUGGCAUAUACUGGGAUAGAAUGAAGUAGGUAGGAAUGCCGCAUCUGAGCAUAUGCUUACGUUAACAUAACCUAAAUAUGUAC